AUGAUCGCCGUGCUCUACCCGUUCCUGAUCACGGCGAGAGGGCUGAGUGACGCGACGUACGUCUCGAUGCUGUUCGAGAUAUUCCCGUUCAACCGCGACCCCGUCGUGUUUCUCACGAAGGUGACGCAAGAUCUGAGCAGCUCAAUCCUAGAGUGCCUGAGUAGGACGUUGUUCAAGUACAGCAUAAUGAACUUCAUGUACUUCCUGUGCGCGAGCGCGCUGAUCGUGCUGCCGGGCAAAGGGGGCCUGCUGCAUUACAUCAUUUUGCACAUCAUGAACGACUUCAGCGCGGCGCUGUAAACGCUGGUCUUCACGCGCCCAUUCGAGAGUCUCCUCAACACGCUGUAUAACAUGGCAUUCAUUGUGAGAGUGAUGUGUGUGAUAGGGUUCAACCAUCUCCUGUUCGGCAUGUACGUGAACGCGCCACACCGCAUGCUGUAGCUGAGCGCGUAGCAGGAGUGUAACCCCGCGGUGCGCACCGAGACCUCGUUCAUGGUCACAACAUACCUUGCUCCUGACGGGCUGCUUGUUGCGGGGCUUGUGCACGCCUGGCACGUGCUGUUCGUUGCGGGCGUGAAGAGGCGGCGGCGCGUGGCGAUGGAGUCGACGGAGCAUGAGUCCAUUGAGUGAGCGUAUUUCUGCUGUGUGGACAUAGGUGGCGAGCACCCACGUACUCUUUCUUUUCUCCAACCACACCCCAGCUCUUUUCUCUUGCCAUCACGGCCAUAGCCGUGCCUGCCGGCGUAUGUAGACGGCGAAUGA